CGCAGCUUGGCCCUAGUAACGCACAUGCGUAGACCGCGCCGGCUGGCCACGCAAGCGCCCUCCCUCGGCCCGGGCGCCAUCGCGAUUCACGGGUGAGUGUGGACUGUGAAGGGGGAGUCUGCACGCUCCCUCCCUGCCUGCCUCUCCCCCCGGGCACAUGUGCGAUGGAGUCGGAGAGCGGGCUGUUGGUGGAACACCAGUACAUGUGCUCCGAGUGUGGCCAGCUGUACAACACGCUAGAGGAGGUGCUGGUACACCAGCAGAGCCACGUCUGGCUCCACGUCUACGUCUGCCCCGAGCUGGCUGAGGCCGAGGCUGGGGCCGAGGGUGAUGCCAAGGAGCUGGCACUGGCGCCCGAUGCCGACAGCCGCUUCCAGUGCCUAGAGUGCGGCCAGCUCCUCAACACCCCCGAGCAGUUGCUGGAGCACCAGGCCACCCACGCCAAGGAUGCUGGCAGCCCCACGCCACUCGCCGCACAGCUACAUGGCUGCUCACACUGCCUGCAGGUAUUCCAGAGCGCGGAUGAGAUGCAGGCUCACCAGCAGCAGCAGCACGGUGAUGAGCGGGAGUGCGGCGUUGAUGCGGCGGCGGCGGCGGGCGAGGUUAGCGAGCCGCUGCAUGGGUGCCCGGAGUGCGGUCAGCAGCUGGGCACGGUGGAGGAGUUCCUGCAGCACCAGGCGCUGCAUGCCCGCCCGGGGCCCCGUGACUGCCCCACUGUUGCUGCACCGCCUGCUCCAGCGACCCCCCACGACUGCAGCGAAUGCGGCCGGGUGUUCAGCACUGUACGGAGGCUGCAUCAGCACCAGCAGAGCCACGUGGCGCUGGCCCACCCCUGCCCCGACUGCCGGCGCUCCUUCAAGAAACUGUCGUCCCUGCAGCAGCACCAGCGCAGCCACAAGGGGGAAGUGCUGUACCUCUGCACCGACUGCGGCCGUGGCUUCAGCUCGGAGGCUGCACUGGUGCAGCACCGACGGCUGCAUACAGACGACCCGCUGCAUCGUUGCCCGCAGUGCGGCAAGGCCUUCAACAACAUGACCAAGUUCCUCUACCACCGGCGCACCCACGCAGCCCCCGGCAAGACUGCGGCGCCCACCAGCGCAGUGACCCGUGCUGCAACCGUCACUGCAGCUGUGGCCGAGCCGGCACAGGAGGAGGAGGAGGAGGACGAGGACGAGGAGCCGGGGGAGGGGGGCACGGCCCCCGCACCAACACCGUUGCAGCUGCAGAACCACCAGCGACAGGGGGGCUGCGGGCGCCGGCACCCGUGCCCGGUGUGUGGCAAGGCCUUCAGCAAGCUGGUACACGUCCGUAACCACAUGCGUACCCACACCGGCGAGCGGCCCUUCCAGUGUGCCGAGUGUGGCAAGACCUUCACCACGCUGGCCAACUUGAUGCGGCACCACCAGACCCACACCGGCGAGCGGCCCCACCGCUGUGACUUCUGCCCGCGGGCCUUCGCCCAGUCCUCCAACCUACGCCAACACCGCCGUAUCCACACCGGCGACCUGCCCUUCAAGUGUCGCGACUGCCCGCGGGCAUUCGGCCGCGCCUCCAAGCUCCUCGCUCACCGCUUCUGCCACGCUGGCCAGCGCCCCUUCACCUGCGCCGACUGUGGCAAGGGUUUUAUCCACCAGCGCCGGCUGGAGCAGCACCGGCUUUUGCACGCCGGGCUGGAGCCCAACUGCUGCACCGGCUGUGGCUGCCAGUUUGCCGACAGCACAGAGCUGCAGGAGCACCGCUGCACCAUCGACCCCAACGCCGCCAGACACCGGCCCUUCCAAUGCGGCAUCUGUGGGCGCCACUGCGGCUCUACGGCAGGACUGAAGCUGCACCAGCGCAGCCACGCCGGGGAACACCGCCUCCAAUGCGGCGUCUGUGGGCGCCACUGCGGCUCUGCGGCAAGACUGAAGCUGCACCAGCGCAGCCACACGGGGGAGCGCCCCUUCCUGUGUGGUGACUGUGGCAAGGGCUUUGCCAGCCACGGCGGCCUGCAGGUGCACCAGCGCCGGCACUCUGGGGAGCUCCCCUUCCGCUGCGCCGCAUGCGGCAAAGGUUUUGGCUUCAGCUCGGCACUGCGACUCCACCAGCGCACCCACACCGACGAGCGGCCCUUCCCCUGCACCGACUGCGGGAAGCGCUUCAAGCAGUCGAACCACCUGCGCGAGCACCAGCGCAUCCACACCGGUGAGCGGCCCUACCGCUGCAGCACCUGCGGCAAGGGCUUCGUGCAGUCCAUGCAGCUGCUGGAUCACCGCCGCACCCACUCCGCCAAGCGACCGCACGUCUGCCGGCUCUGCGGCAAGAGCUUCAAGACCCCCUCCAACCUCCGCAGCCACCGCCGCACCCACGCCCUCCCCUCCCCCGCCCCCCUCCCCUCCACCACUCUCUGCGCACAGUUCGGCGACACCUUCGCUGUCAAGGGUGCCGAUGUAGUGCCCAGCUCCAUCGUGGGCACCAUCGAGAUCUACUGAGGUACCGGCACGGCAGGGGAGGGGGCAGAGAGCAGGGGGAACCCUGGACCUAGUGUGGCGAGGGGGAGAGUGUGGGAGAGCAGGGACC